AUCACAUUGAUCCCAUUUUUAAAUGUGCACAACAUUAUUAUCUAUUUUGAUGUGAUUUGAUGACUAGGGUUUAAAGAAGUGGAGGAAUGGGAGGUUUGGCCAUCACCUAUUUUAAAUUCAAAUUGUGUUUCUCAACAUUGAAGGUUUAAAGAAAAGGACAAUAUUGUAUUUAUAAACACAUCUUUAUUUCAUUCACAUGCUUUUGGUCUAAUACCAUGGAAGAGGAGGAUGAUAUCCGAGAUGAUGAUUACAUUUAUCCUUCCGAUUUUGAGGAAGAGUUUGAAUAUGUUGUUGGAGUAGAAGAAAUUCUACAAAAUCAUCAAGAUGAUGGUAGUUUGGGAACACAUUUUACACUCUCCGAUUGGGAAACGAAUAUGGAAGGUACAGAAGAUUAUGACGAACCGUAUGGAUGUGAUGGGGACUCUAUAAAUUUUUCAAGUGCCAACAUUCCUAUUUCCACAGAUGAGUCAUCUUCUCUCUCUUUUGAUCAUGUUUCUAUUGAAACUUUCCCAAAGAAUGUCCACUUCACUUUUGCAAGUAUGAUCCUCAUGAUUCAAUGCUUACAAAAUCAAGUGUAUCCUUCUUUUGAGAAAAUUCGUGAAUCAGAUUCUACAUUUUGUCCUCUUUCUAAAAGUCAUGGUCAUCGUAUAGAUGUAGAUGAUGUUGUUCAUAAUAUAGAGCGAUGGAAAAAACUCCAAGACAAUGUUCAAUUGAUUCUUGUUGAGGAUGGGGUAGCUUUGGCUCCCAUAAAACAAGAUUCAAAUGGGAAGCAAAUUCCUCCCAUUGAACUUUGGUCUUCUAUAGUUGAAAAUGCUCAUGUAGAUGUUACUGGCAAACAUUUGCCUCUAACUCCUACAUUAAAUGCAAUUCAUGCAAAAUGGAGCACGGAUAUUAGAGUAGGAGGAAUUCAUGCCUCUUACGUAAGAAAUUGUCUUCACACAUGUUGUACUUGUGAAGAUUCAACGUUCUGGAAUGAAAAUCUUGUUGUUUCUCUUGAUGCCUUCGGUGCUACUCUUGAUGAGAUAUGCAUAAACCACAAAGUCUUGCGGAGAUUGCGUAACACAAAACGAACUAAGAGUCAUAUCGUAAAGUACUACCGUUGUCACAGGGGUGGAAAUAAGACUCGUCCUCAUAGGAAGGGAUCUUUUAUAAGAGUUAUGGAGAAUAAGAAUAGUCAACAGGAUAGAAAGUCGAGGUUGUGCAAUUGUUCUUCUCAGUUGAAGACUAUGGAGCCCAUUUUUUAUGACAAUGGUGGUGGGUCUUCAAACGAAAAGAACAUUAGUAUUUCUAUCCAUUCAAGGCACACUGAACAUGUUCCAGGGUCAGAUAGUGAUCUUUUAUUUCUACCGGUACAUCCAGUUGUUCUUGGCAUGGCAGAAGAAAAUUUGAAAAGAGUGAUUUCCACCUCUACUGUUGCUCUUGCUUCUAAGACUAACCAAUGUGACCUCCCACUUUAUGCAGCAAUUGUGCCAAAUCAGGAUGGAAAGGGAGUACCGGUGUUCUACAUGUUAUGUACAAAAGACCAAAAGCAAAACCUAGGGGAAGGGCAUGAGGGCAUUGCUUUGGAAUUGGCCCUAACUGCUGUAUUUGCCAAUAUUGGGAACAUUAGACCUUCUGCAAUUAUUAUCGAUAAACACAGGACUUCAUUAAACUCUAUUGAAAUGGUUGUGAAUAUGGAUGAGUAUUGUUGGACUAUGGAAAAUGAAGAAAGGGUACAAGUGGCGGGGAAAAUCUUAUUAUGUCAUUUCCAUGUGAUGAAAGCAUGGAGUGAGAAUCUCCUCACUCGCGUUUCUAUCAUGGAUAAGGAUAAAUUAUGGAGGGCCUUACAUAUUUUGAUGCAUUGUCCACAAGAAGAGCAUUUCAACCUAAACCUUCAGAAAUUCUAUGAAGAUUUUGGACACAUACCAGGUGUUAAAGAUUAUAUUCAGAAAGGUUGGGCUGGAGAGACUACACCAUGGAGGAAGUUAUGGCCUCGAUUUGGUCGUCUCUUUGCUUAUGGAGGCAUUGAUACCACAAAUCAUGUGGAGAGACAUUGGGAGUGGAUAAAAUAUACUUUGCUUCAGGGAAAAGUUAAUCGCUCUCUUCGAGACCUUAUUGUUGCAAUUGUUGGUAGCGCUGCUGAUGGAAGUCGAAUUGGGGGGCCUACCCUCAUGGAUCAUUUCCAAACCGUUCAACUUAUAAGUGAUUCAGGCAGAUUUUCACGAAGAGGCAAUGACAAAGAACAUCGACGGCGAUUGAAAGGAGGAGAGCGCAUAUUAAAAGCUUACAAAGAAGAUCCAGAUGCAAUUUUGGAAGUCGUAAAUACAGAGCACAUGUUAUUUUACAUGACAAGUGAGUCUUCUCCUAGCAUCAAAUAUAGUGUUUCUUUGAACACUCAUUAUUGUAAUUGCCCUGCUCGACAAUCAACCUGCAAACAUAUUCUAGGGCUUCAACUUAUUGUGAAGGAAUUUUUUUCUCCUUCACAAUCUUCAGAAGUUGGAAUAGAGUCUAUGGAUAAUGUAGACUAUCCUAACAAUGAUGCAUUAUCACAUUUACGAGAAAAUGAUUUAAAUAUGGGUGGUUCUCAUGAGGAUCAAAGAAGAAGUGAGUGCAAGAGGAGGGCACGAGAUCUUUGUCGGCAAGUGGAAGAGUUGAUGUCACAUAUGAUAUCAUCUAUGGAUGAUUGUGAUAUUGAAGAAGCACAACAGAAAGAAGAUGUAUUGCAGAGGAUUGUGGAAUCUAUGUCAAUGCCAUUUACAUUUCCAAGACCUCCUACUAUUGACCUUCCCGUACGUGGUUCUAUAGCUCAUUUACAGGAAAAUGUACAACGUACUAGAAUGGGACAUGGACAAAAACGGAAGAUGUCGGAUGAUGGUGAAGGUUCUUCUUCACAACCACCUUCAAAACAUCCAACUCAUGUGCUUGUGGCACAUUCUAAGCGAAAGAGAACUGUAUUUCCUCGAGUUCUUAAAGCUCAUUGUCACAUUUGUAUGGUAAAUAAUAGGAUUGAAGAGGGAGAUGAGUAUGUGGUUUGCAAGAAUUGUGAAACUCCUUUGACUUUGGAAUUAAUUUGUUAUCGCUUAUGAUUUACCAAAAUUGAAAUGCUUUAUUUUUUUCCUUC